CAACGUUACGCUUUUGUAUCAACGCAUUAUAUCUUUAAGAGAGAAAAAAAAAUCCAUUUUUUACGUGUAAGAAAAAAACAAAGGAUCCUUUUUUACUGGAAAGAUGUUUUUUUUUUCUUAUCUUCUGAGAUAAAUUGCGAUAGAGAGAGAGAACAAAAAAAUUCUCAGUGAGCGCUUAUUGAUCAACAAUGGCGAAAGAGACAGUGUGUGUAACCGGAGCUAAUGGUUUCAUCGGAUCUUGGAUAAUCCGAACGUUAAUUGAGAAAGGAUAUACUAAAAUCCACGCUUCGAUUUACCCAGGAUCCGACCCGACUCAUCUUCUGCAACUACCCGGAUCCGAUUCUAAGAUCAAGAUCUUUGAAGCGGAUCUCUUAGACUCUGAUGCAAUCUCCAGAGCUAUUGAUGGAUGUGCGGGAGUGUUCCACGUGGCGUCACCUUGUACGUUGGAUCCACCGGUAGAUCCAGAGAAGGAGCUGGUCGAACCGGCGGUUAAGGGAACGAUCAAUGUGUUGGAAGCUGCUAAGAGGUUUAAUGUGAGACGCGUGGUGAUCACGUCAUCUAUCUCCGCAUUGGUUCCUAACCCUAAUUGGCCGGAAAAAGUUCCCGUCGAUGAGUCGUCGUGGUCCGAUCUUGAUUUUUGCAAGUCGAGGCAGAAAUGGUAUCCAAUUUCGAAGACAUUAGCUGAGAAAGCAGCUUGGGAAUUUUCGGAGAAGCAUGGAACCAACAUUGUGACGAUUCAUCCAUCAACAUGUCUCGGACCGCUUCUGCAACCGAACCUAAACGCAAGCUGUGCUGUUCUGCUACAGCUUUUACAAGGCUCGACCGAGACGCAAGAGCAUCACUGGCUCGGUGUGGUUCACGUGAAAGAUGUGGCUAAAGGUCAUGUGAUGCUAUUCGAAACACCUGACGCUUCUGGACGGUUUUUAUGCACUAAUGGGAUUUAUCAGUUCAGUGAGUUUGCUGCUCUUGUGUCUAAGCUCUUCCCUGAGUUUGCUGUUCACAAGUUUGAUAAAGAGACUCAACCUGGGCUUACGUCGUGUAAUGAUGCGGCUAAGCGAUUGAUUGAGCUCGGGCUGGUUUUUACUGCGGUUGAAGAUGCGGUUAAGGAGACGGUCCAGAGUCUUAGAGACAAAGGCUUCCUCUGAGAAUGUAUGAUAUAUCUUUGCAAAUUUCAAAAUCUGUGACCUUUAUUGUAUGAUACAAGUAGAGAAACUAAGGGCAUCUCCAUUCAUGAGAAACCCAUAAAGUUUCUCAAACAAAAAAAAUAUUAAUAUUAUAUUAUAAUUUGAUUAUUUGAUUAAAAAAAUAUUUUUAUUAAAAAAUUGAACCAAUAGUGAGAUGAGAAUUGUCAUGAUAGGUUGUUGAGAGUAUCUUAGAGUUUCUCAAGUGAGAAACUUUCUACACUCUCUCUCCUUCAU